GCGCCGGGGGAGGCGGGAGCGAGGGGCUGGCGGUUUCGCGACCGAAAGCAAAAGGGCGGGCGCAGGGCUGCCUUCCGAGGCUCUCCUCGCUUGCGAUUCGUCCACUUGGCUGAAUCGGGAGUCGCGACCUCUGGCACAGGAUGUGGUGUCACAGGUUGUCCCACCUACAAAGCAGGCUCCAGGACCUGCUGAGGGGGCAGGUCACACGUUGGGCCCUUCAACAGUCCAACUUCAAAAGCUUAUUUCCACUAGCCAUCUAUUGGCACCAUACAGCCUCCAAGUCUCUGAAUUGUGUUUGGCAGCAACAUGAAGAUCACUUUGAACUGCAAUAUGCUAACAGUGUGAUGCGCUUUGAUUAUGUCUGGCUUCGAGACCACUGCCGCUCAGCCACUUGCUACAACUCUAAGACUCACCAGCGCAGCCUAGACACUGCCAGUGUGGAUUUAUGUAUCCAGCCAAAGACCAUUCAUCUGGACGAGGCCACACUCUUUUUCACUUGGCCAGAUGGUCACGUGACUAGAUAUGAUUUGGAUUGGCUAGUGAAAAACAGCUAUGAAGGGCAGAAACAAAAGGUCAUCCAACCUAGAAUCUUAUGGAAUGCUGAAAUCUACCAGCAAGCCCAAGUUCCAGCUGUAGAUUUCCAGACCUUCUUAGAAACCAAGGAGGGACUGAAGAACUUUCUGCAGAACUUUCUACUCUAUGGAAUUGCUUUUGUAGAAAAUGUCCCUCCUACUCAGGAACACACAGAGAAGCUGGCAAAAAGGAUCAGCUUGAUCAGAGAAACCAUCUAUGGGAGGAUGUGGUUUUUCACUUCAGACUUCUCCAGGGGUGACACUGCAUACACCAAGCUAGCUCUGGAUCGGCACACUGAUACCACCUAUUUUCAAGAGCCCUGUGGCAUUCAAGUGUUUCACUGUCUUAAGCACGAAGGAACAGGUGGCAGGACACUGCUAGUUGAUGGAUUCUAUGCAGCAGAACAGGUACUUCAAAAGGCACCUGAGGAAUUUGAACUCCUCAGUAAAGUGCCAUUGAAGCAUGAAUAUAUUGAAAAUGUUGGAGAAUGUCAAAACCACAUGAUUGGGGUUGGACCAGUCUUAAAUAUCUACCCAUGGAAUAAAGAGCUCUAUUUGAUCAGGUACAACAACUAUGACCGGGCUGUCAUAAAUACCGUACCUUAUGAUGUUGUCCAUCGUUGGUAUACAGCACACCGGACUCUAACCAGAGAGUUGAGGAGGCCUGAGAAUGAGUUUUGGGUCAAACUCAAGCCUGGCAAGGUCCUAUUUAUAGACAACUGGCGUGUCCUACAUGGCAGGGAAUCCUUCACAGGCUACCGCCAACUCUGUGGCUGCUAUUUAACAAGGGAUGAUGUAUUAAACACUGCUCGUCUCUUGGGCCUUCAGGCUUAAAAUUGAUGGCAUUGAGAUUAUGAACAUGCCUGACACCCUAUCAGAAUUUCAUUUCAUAUCAGCAGAAUAAUAUUGUGCCAAUACCAACUUCAAAUUGUCUCCUCACAUCAUCACAUGAAACAAAAGCCUCCCCUUUUUCUAGUAAGGAAAACCUUAGAGAGACCAUCUCGUAUGGUAUCUCUCUUCCCCAAGUUACAACGUGGACUCAUUUGGUUUUUAGAUCUUUUGAUGUAAUUUUGGUCAAUCUUCUACAGAAAUAUAAUCAUCACAUUGAUGAGAAAGAAUAAUAGUCACUAGGUAAAAAUUUGUUUCAACAGGAUCUAUCAGAAAGAAGAGAAUUAUAGGAAUAAUGCAGUCUAGCUAGAGCUGAAAUUUGCAACAUUUUUUGGUCUUAAGAUAUCCAAACACUUGAACACUACUGAGGACACCAAAAAGUGCUUAGAUGUGGGUUAUAUCUAUUGCUACUAAUUAUAUUAGAUAUGAAGACUUAGAAAUGUUUAAAAUUUAAGAACAAAACAGCAUACAUCUGUCAGAGAGAUGACUUCAUCACAUGUCAUAUAGCCUCUGGAAAAGUCUUCUGUACGUUCAUUAGAUAAUUAAAUGGAAAAGGCAAUAUCAUCUUAAUAUUGUUAUUUAAAAUAUUUUUAUUAAUAAUACACAGACCCACUAAAAGAAUCUCAGGGACUACUCCAGGUGUCUUUGGACUACACUUUGAGAACCAGUGGCCUAGAGCAGCAGUCCCCAAGCUUUUUGGCACCAGGGACUGGUUUCGUGGAAGACAAUUUUUCCACGAACUGAGCCAGGGUGGCAGGAGUAGGGGGGUGUGGUUUCGAGACAAUUCAAGUGCAACAAUGAGGAAAGGUUGUAAAUACUUAGGAAGUUUUGCUCACUCACCCACUGCUCACCUGCUGCUGUGUGGCCUGGUUCCUCACCUAGUUAGGGACCCCUUGGUUUAACUGAAAGCUUAAAUUUUUUUUCUGUGGUCUCCUAGAACUACAGAUAUUGUAGGAAUUGCUUCAUAGCACAAGCUCAGUGAUAAGGUGGGAACUGAAUACAUAGUAUUUUAUCUUGUGAGAAGAAUUAUCUCUUCUAAAUCAUCUCUCGAGGAGUAAAACUAAGAAAUCACAAUAGUUCCUGUGGAGGAAACCCAUCUGUUUGGUAAUUCUGUGAGGGAUAAUUACACAAAGGUUUUUAGAGAUUUCUGAGGUUCCAUAUGAUAAUUCACACAUGCACACACAUACACACAUGCAUGUGCAUGCCCACAUGCACACAAAACACAGAAAGUGGAGAUUACUAUCCAAACUUGCAUUUUAAUUUUUGAAGGAAUUUAUGAUGCAAUGUUUUCCUCCAUUUCUGCUGCUCUCUUUUUCUAUCUUAAAAUAUUCUACAUGUCAACUGCCAAGAUUUGACUGGGUUAGGUAUAAUUGGUUUCUUUUAUUUUUAAUGAUUUUCCCUUAUAUGUGGAGAGGGGGGGUGGGAAAGAGAGAGACAGAAGGAUAGGUUUGAGAUUUAUUUUCUGUUGGCUUUCAUUGAAAAUGAAGUUGUACAAUAACCACAUUGACUGCUAUAGAAUGAUGUAAGACAAUCCAGGCUAGGAUGUAUGUAAGAGGAAAAAAGCAUUAUUAGUGAGGAUAGGAGUCACAAAUCAAAGUCAGUAUUCUCUGACAGGGAAUAGAGCCUAAUCUGAUGUUUACAGAAAGUUCUUAGUUCGCAUUUAACAAUUUAUGCAUUAUUUUAUUGACCCAUCCAGGGCACCAAACUAUGUUCUCAAAUAUUUCUGCAUUUUAAUUGUACUGCAUAGGAAUCCUUAGGGGUCUUCCAUGGAAAGUGUUUUCCUCUUAGGUCAAAGGACUGAUGAUUAAAUUCAUGUAUUAAAGAGUAUUUGUUGUUGUUUAGUCACUAAGUGGUCUGACUCUUUGCAACCCCAUGGACUGUAGCCCACCAGGCUCCUCUGUCCAUGGGGUUCUCCAGGCAAGAAUACUGGAGUGAGUUGCCAUGCUCUCCUCCAGGGAAUCUUCCCGACCCAGUGAAUAAACUCACAUAUCUUAUGUAUCCUGCACUGGCAGGUGGAUUCUUUACCACUGUGCCACCUGGGAAGCCCUUUACUAUAAUUAUAAAAUCCUCCACAUCUGUUACAAUCUGUCCCCCACUCACAAGACAUCUAGCCUAAAUCAUUAUGGUAAUAGUGUAGAGUAUCUACUUUGCUCUGCUGGCAAAGACUCCAUUUUUUCUGUUCUCCAGAACAAGUAUAUGAUAUCACUUAUAUGAGAAAUCUUAAAAAAAAAAAAAAAAGAACUUAUUUACAAAACAGAAACAUACGUACAUAGAAAACAAAAUUAUGGUUACCAAAGGGGAAAGGGAGGAGAAUGAGAAGUAUGAGAUUAAUAGAUACAUACUAUCAUAUAUGAGCUUACUAACUGCACAGGGAACUAUAUUCAAUAUCUUGCAAUAAACUACAAUGGGAAAGAAUCCAAACUGAAUAACAUUGCAAAGUCUUUGAAAACAGAACUACAUUAAGACCAUGAACCAUACAGGGCUGGUUACAACAUGUGGCUGGGACCCAAAUGAGUAGGGGGAAAAAUAAACAGAGCCUUGGGAACCUGUGGGCAUAUAACAAAAGGGCUGAGAUUUUUCUCAUUGGUGUGCUAGAGGACAGGAGAAAGAAGGUGGGACUGGAAAGUAUUCAAAGAAAUAAUGGCUGAAAAUUUUCUGUGUGGCAAAAGACAUAAAUGUACAGAUUAAAGAAGUUGAGUGAAUCCUAAAUAGAAUAAGCCCAAAGAAAUCCACAUCAAGAUACACCACCGUCAAACUUCUGAAAACUAAAGGCCUAGAAAAAAAGAAAGCAGCAAGAGAGAAACAAUAUCUUUCAUGUGUGGGGAAAACUGAUUUACAUGGAUUUCACAUCAGGUCAGAAGGAACUGGCAUGAGGUCAGAAGGACCUGGCAUGACACUUCUCAGGUGGUGAAAGAAAAGAAUCAGAAUUAGUGGCUCAGACAGUAAAGAAUCCACUUGCAAUGCGGGAGACCUGGGUUCGAUCAUUGGGUUGGGAAGAUACCCUGGAGGAGGGCAUGGCAACCCACUCCAGUAUUCUUGCCUGGAGAAACCCCAUGGACCUAUGAGCUGGACAGGCUACAGUCCAUGGGGUUGCACAAAGUUUGGCACAACUGUGUGACUAAGCACAGUGCAGCACAUACAUGGUGAUCAAGUGAGAUUUAUUCCAUGAAUAUAAUGUUGGUUCAACACAUGGAAACCAAUUAAUGUAAUACACCAUAUUUAUAGAAUGUGGAGAAGGUGCUCAUGAUCAUCUCAUAGAUGUGGGGGGGGGGGCAUUUGACAAAAUCCAACACCUGUUGCAUAAAAAUGAAUUCAACAAAUCCAACAUCUAUUUCAUAAAAAUGAAUUCAACAAAAUAGGAAUAGAAGGGAAUUUCCUCAACCUGAUAGAGAGCACCUAAUGGAAAACUCACAGAUAGCAUCAUACUUAAUGGUAAAGAGUAGAUGGCUUCCCUCUAGCAUCAGGAACAAGACAAGGAUGUCUGUUAUUGUCACUUCUACACUUGAUCUCAGCCAAAAGGCUGAGAAGCGAUGUUAUUGUCACUUCUAUUCAAUAUUGUAUUCAAAGCUCUAGUCAGGGCAAUUAGGCAGGAAAAAUAAAGGGAUCCAGACUAGAAAGGAAUGAGGAAAACUAUCUCUAUUUGUAGAUGACAUGCUUUUUGUAUAUAUAAAACAAUAAAGAAUCCACCAAAAACCCACAACAACCUAUUCAUAUAUGCAAUGAGCUCAGCAAAGUUGCAGAAUCCAAGGCCAAUGUGCAAUAAUCAAUUAUGCUUCUUUCUAUAUACUAGCAAUGAACAACUAAAAAUUAGUUUAGGAAAGUAAUCCAUUUUACAGUAUUGUCAAAAGUAAUAAAAUACUGAGAAAUAAAUUUAACAGAAGAUGUGCAAGCCUUGUACUCUAAGAACUGCAAAAUGUUGCUGAAAGAAAUGAAAGAGGCCCCAAGGAAAUGUAAACCCAUCCCAUGUAAGUGGAUUGAACAUGUAAUAUUGUUAAGAUGGCUAUAAUCCCACAGGCAAUAUACAGAUUCAGUGCUAUGCCUGUUAGAGUCUAACCUGGCUUAUUUGUAAAAACUGAAAAGCUGGUCCUAAAAUUCAUAUGUAAAUGCAAGGAAGGAAGAUAGCCAAAACAAUCUUGAGAAAGAACAAAGCUGGAGAACACACAUUUCCUAAUUUAAGAACUUCUAACAAUACUAUAGCAAUUCUACAAAGUGUGGUGCUGGCAUAAUGGCAGUCAUAUAGGCCACUGUUUCAGGAUUUCAAAUCAAAAAUAAAUCCACGUGUCUGUAAAUAGUUGGUUUUCAAUGAGGGUGCCAAGAUCAUUCAGUAGAGGAAUGACUAAACUCCUCAAAAAAUGCUGGUGAGAUGAGAGGAUAUCCAUAAACAAAAGAAUUAAUUUGGACCCCUAAUUUCACAUCAUGUAAAAAAAAAAAUCAACACUAAAUGGAUCACAGACCGAAAUGUAAAGGGCUGAAACUAUAAAAUGUUUGUAAUAAAAUGUGUAAAUCUCCAUGA